AUGGUCGAACCUGGAUUUUUACGUACUGUUGCAACUGUCAUUAUCCGGCAGCCAUAUUUUGUUUUCCUCGAUCGCCUUCUGGCACCAAUUUUUGGCUUUUAAUUUCUCUUUUUUCUUGUGUGAUCCAUCGUAUCCAUCCAAAUGGUGUGAUUAGUUUGGAAGCAUUGUGUUUCAUAAGUGUGAUCCGCGUAAAGUGCAAACCGGCUGAUGGUGGAGAAGCGUACAACAUCGAAUGGGGUUUCCCUUGGGAACUAGCCUCCACAGCUAGUUCGUCCAACGCCUGGGUGAAAAACAAUCUUGCUGCAUAACUCCAAAGCCAAAGCAGGCGUUUUUCUUUAGCACAAUCAGCUGAUUAUUCGAGCCGUUACUAUACCGAACGCUUCACAAUGAAUAUGCGCCCGUUGAAACGGCCCCGCCUAGGGCCACCGGACGUCUAUCCGCAGGAAGCAAAACAACGGGAAGAUGAAUUAACGUCCACGCACGUCAAACAUGGUUUCGCGACCGAACAUAAACUGUCCGAGGAGUUCGGCACCGCCCGCAAUUGCAACGUGUCGGCGAGUAAGGUCGGUGCCUACUUUAAUGCGAUCUUGGCCAAGAAGGAGGAGCUGAUGACACUGCCGGAUUCGGGACGAAAGAAGCAGCAAAUCAACCCGAAAGACAACUUCUGGCCUGUUACUGCCCGUAACAAAACUACCCUGGAUACGUGGUUCAAAGAUCUGGCCGGAACGAAACCGUUAAGCAGCUUGGCCAAGAAGGCACCGUCGUUUAACAAAAAGGAAGAAAUAUUCGCUAUGUUGUGCGAAAAUCAAGUUACGAUGCAGCGAGCAGCUUGGUUUAUUAAGCUGAGUUCGGCCUACACCGUGGCGGUUUCGGAGGCAAAAAUUAAAAAACGCCAAAUGCCUGAUCCGGCCACCGAAUGGACCGGAACGAUGAUAAAGUUUAUGAAGGAUCUCAUACCGAAGCUGCACGAACAUUAUCACCAGGGUCCGCUGCAGGACAAACCGUCUGCGGGUAGUGCAGGCAGUUCCAGCGGCAUGAGCAGUACAAAUAGCGGCCUUGGAUUGGGUGCCGGUGCAGGUGGUACCAAUCCUUCAACCAUUCCACCGCCCCUUUCCAGCCCGGCAGGGAGCAUGCAUAGCCCGGCCGGUGGUAACCCGGUCGGAGGAUCGAUGCAUGCCCAACAGCAGCAACAGCAGCAGCAACCGAUUUCUCCACAGGAAGAGCAACGAAUAGCCCAGAGACAGUGGAAUUACAGUACGCAGCUCUGCAAGUACAUGUACGAGGAGGGUUUACUGGACAAGCAAGAGUUCCUGAACUGGAUUAUUGAUUUAUUGGAAAAAAUGAAAUCCUCCCCGAACGCGGACGACGGUUUGCUGAGAAUUUAUCUUCCCCUGGCAAUGCAGUACCUGCACGACUUUGUGCAAUCGGAGCGCUUCUGUCGCCGGUUGGCGUAUGCGGUGUCGAAGAAGUUAGCCCAACUGAUAAAUCAGAUGGCGGAGAGCCACAACAUCAAUCUGAACUCACCCGAUCCGGAUGGCAAUGGGAAACAGUCGUCCAACGAAAUGACCGACAGCAAGCAAGAGAAGCAGCACGACAAACCGUCCAAAGAGGGUACGAACGGCACAGUAUCGCAAUCGGCAGACGUGAGCCCUCCGAAGGUGAAUCCGUACGAAAUGAUUUUCGCCGAAUAUUUGCACUGUUCCCACCAUCGGGAUGUAGUGUUGCAGCUGUCGUCCAUCCUGCAGGUCAUCACACUCGAAUGCCCGACUGCGCUAGUGUGGUGCGGUGUCGGAGAAACUCGUUCCUCGUCGGUGCUCUCCGGCAGUCCGCUGGAUCAUUUGCCGGUGGCACCAUCCGCACUGCCGAUGCCGGCCCGAUACGAACAUUCCAAUGAGGACAUUCGUCGGCAACUGUUCGAAGCGGAAGAAAGCAUCAAAGUGCGGUCGCGUCAUGCCGAAUCGCGUUGGUGCAUCGACAAGUGGCAGACAGCUGCUGGGAACGCUAGCCUGAAGAUACUGGCCACACUGGAUGCGCUCGAUGGACAUUGUUUCGAUCGGAUGGAUUCGAACAAUUCGCUCGAUUCAUUGUAUUCGAAGAUUUUCCCACCGUUCCAGGUACAACCGAUCAAACCAUCGGAAAACAGUUCAGGAGGAAGUGGUAAUGGACAAGGCAGUGCCGCCGGUGGUGCUAACACUGCUGAUGGGAAAGAUGCGGCCACAAAGCAGUUUGAAUAUAACGUUGAACAAGAUUCAUCGAUUGUGAAGAUUCUUUGCGAAUGGGCCGUUUCGUGGCAGCGUUGGGGCGAACACCGGGCAAUGGUAGUGGCCUGGCUGCUUGAUAAACGACAGAACGAAGUGUUGACGGCGCUGGAAAACGAUAGCUACAACAACGCUCUCAACAAUUCGGACGACAAAGACUCGGUUUUGUCGGGCAGUGGUUUAAACGGAGGCCAGCCCGUGUUUCAACAUAUCUUGAUGAACUUUCUCGACCAUGACGCACCAGUACUGGAAGAAGGCGGUAGUUCGCAGAACAAGUCCCAGUUUACGAAUCUGGUACAUUUGUUUAGCGAGCUUAUUCGCCAUGACGUGUUUUCACACGAUGCUUACAUGUGCUGCUUGAUCUCGCGUGGUGAUCUACUGACAGGCGCCGGUGGUAUGUUGUCGCUCGACAGCCAUGGGAUGUGUAACGCCGGGUUGGGCACGGGACCAAUAUCGAACAAACCCGCCACCAGCUCGUCCCCGAACAAUGGUGGCGGGAUGGAGGAUGAUGUGCUGCAAACGGAUUUUAAAGCCAAGCUGGAGGAUUUGGAUGAUUCGAAUGUGGAUGACGAUCUUGACAAGCUGCUGCAGCACAUUAAAGAGGAUCAGCAAAAUUCGAUGGAUGCACCGGAUAGCCCGAAAGAUCCGGAGCAUGCAGCUCCCUCGGUAACGGGCCUUGGUAAAGCUGAGUCAUCCAGUCGCCAUUUUCUGUACACCGAACAUUUCCCGCUCUGUCAGGAUGAUCCCAUCUCCCAGCAUGAUUGCAACCAGCGGUACAUCUUGCUGUACGGAGUGGGCAAGGAGCGAGACGAGAAGAAGCACGCGGUGAAGAAAAUGUCGAAAGAAAUCUGUAAACUGUUCUCGAAAAAGUUUAGCAUCGACGUGGCCGAGGGAGGCAAAGUGAAGAAGCACUCGCGCAGUGAGUUUAACUUCGAGUCCACCUCGAACAAGUGUCAGGCAAUGUCGUACUUUGACCAGCACGUUGUCACCUGGCAGUGUGCGGUACAGGUGCAGGAAAUGCUAAAUGCCUUUGCCGUCGGCAAUAGCAACUAUCUGCCAGUUCAAGAGCACGUGGCGUUCCUGUUUGAUCUGAUGGAGUCGGCGUUCAACAUUUACGGGUUGAUCGAUACCUGCAUCCAGAUUUUGCGCGAGCUGCCCGAGGUGGAACUGCAGUUGAUUGGCAAAAGUUCGUUGGCACUAGUGCGUAGCUAUACGACAUCGCUCAGCCUGUAUGUGGUGGGUGUCCUGCGACGGUACCAUUGCUGUUUACUGCUUUCGCAGGAACAAACGACAGCGAUCUUCGAGGGACUAUGCCGGAUUGUGAAGCACGUGAGCAACCCGAGCGAUUGCAGCUCGGCCGAACGAUGUAUUCUUGCCUAUCUGUACGAUCUUUAUUCGGCCUGUUCGUCCUUGAAAUCCCGCCCCCAGCAGGAACCCUUCCACAAUGCGUACCCGAAGAUCAAGCAGGCGUUAUACACACCGCUCCAACCGACUCCCUCGGCGCAUACAUACAAUCCGCAGUUUAUGAUUGAAAUUAUCACCAAUCCUCGGCGUGGUGGCAAGAUCGAAAGCGCUUGGGCUAGACAACUGAACGAAUCUGCCUCCAAUCGGUACAGCUUCGUGUGCAAUGCCGUGGUGGCGGUUACGCGCGAUAUCGACAACGAUUGUCUGAACGACAUCGCGGCCAUGUGUGCGGAACUUACGGCGUGCUGCAACUCGCUCAGUACCGAAUGGUUGGGUGUGUUGAUUGCACUGUGCGGUUCGAACCGCGAUGCCGGCUACUACGUGGAUGUUCUGACACAGGUGGACGUCCAGAACACUAACAUCCACAACGCACUGUCGGUGUUCACGAGCAUCCUGGUGGCGAGACAUUGCUUCUCGUUGGAGAACUUUGUGGCACACGUGGCCUUACCAUCGCUGGUGCAGGCUUGUAAAGGACGUGGUGAAACAACGCCAGAAAUAGAGGCGGGCGCACGAUUGUCCUGCCAUCUGUUACUGAGGCUCUUCAAAACGAUCGAAUGUCCACAGCCAGGACUGUACUCGGUGAGCACAUCACCUAACCCAAUAACGGUCGGAAACGCCCAUAACAUCAAGCUGAGUUGCGAUCGACAUCUGCUAGCUGCGGCACACAAAAACAUUGGCGUAGCGCCGGUGUUGGCCGUCCUGAAGGGUAUACUCGUGGUGGGCGAUGCUACUGCACACAAGGUUUCUUCGAUAUUCGGCACUGGCAAGCGAAGUGGACUCAACACACCGGUACACCCAGGCAGCACGCCAAAAAGCAUGACUGGAUCGGGUGAUUUAAGCCACAUUCUGGGCACGAGCGAUCUUUCCAUACUGGGCAAUCCGGAUGAAUCGAUGCUGGAUGUUUCGAUGAUCGAACUGGAGGAACUCUCUCCAACCGCCUCCGCUCGAUUAUACUCUAGCAGGUGUGCGAAUGGUUUGCCGUUUGAGCAGCAAAACUCUCAUCUGAACCAGGAGAACGCGACAAGUCUGUCGGAUUUCGCGCAACAUGUGCUGCGCCAAAUUUGCUCACAGGAAUGGGUCCUGGAACGCUGCCUUCAACAUGCGGAAGAAUUAUGUCAGCAUGGUAUGCUGAUCGAUAAUCUACUGACGGCUAAGCAAGCGCAACGUUUGCUGCACAUGAUUUGCUAUCCGGAGCACGAAUCCAAUCUGAUCGCCGAACUAGAUCAGAAGGCGAUCAUUGUGCGUAUACUGGAAAAUCUGGAACAAUGGUCGCUACGCAUUUCUUGGUUAGAUUUGCAACUGAUGUUCAAGCAAACUAACUGCAGCUCACCGGAUCUGUCCAACUGGCUUGAUAUGGUGGCCAGGGCUGCUAUUGAUGUGUUUCGCGUCAACGAGUUCAUUAUGAGCAACCCGGACGUGAAGCAGGAGAAGGUAAAACCCUCGACCUGGUUGGUGGCGCCAUUGGUUUCGAAACUGCCGAGUGCGGUUCAGGGAAGAAUCUUAAAAGUAUCGGGACAGGUGCUGGAGAGUACGAGCAUGUUUAGCAAGCACAAGGAUGGCAAUGGUGGUAAUAACAGUAGCAACAAUAACAGCCACAACCAUGGAGCUAAUAGUAACAGUUCGGUCAGCUCGAAUGGUAGCACCUUCGGCAGCAAGCAGUCGUCGCAGCUAAAUCAUCAACCAUUCCUUGGGCUGGUGCUGACCUGCCUUAAGGGACAGGACGAGCAGAAGGAAGGUUUGCUUCAAUCGCUAUACUCGCAGCUAUCGCAAUUCCUACAAAAUCGGGACCAAAGUCUCGAAACUAUUGGUGGUAUUGAAGAUCCUUGUGGGUUUGAGAAAAUGCUUGACGCACUACAGUUGCGCUACUCGCUUGUUGGUGGACUAUUCGAUGCGAUUAUGAAAAAUGCCACCUCUACUACGGACUGGGCAAUUUUGUUUGCCCAGCUUAUCAGCCAGGGUGUCAUUGAUUUAAGCAACAAUUCUGAACUGUUUACUACAACACUGGACAUGUUGGCCACGUUGAUACAUUCAACGCUUGUCAGCGACAGCCAGACGGAGCGUGAUGAGAACAAGAAAUUGUACACUAAUCUCAUGAAGAAACUACGUAAGGAGUUGGGUGACAAGAAUGGUCCGUCGAUCAAAUACGUUCGGCAGUUGUUGCCGCUAGCGAAGCAAACGUGCGAAGUGCUUACGUGCGACUCGGCCGGAUCAUCAACGGACGCGAAAGGCAAUAAAAUCGCAAUUGAUAGUAUCGAAAAGAAGAACGGUCUUCGACUAGGAGACAAACAACGUGUGAGCGUUUGGGAUCUAUUGGAAGGUCACAAAAAUCCCGCACCCCUAUCAUGGGCAUGGUUUGGAGCGGUGAAAAUUGAACGCAAACCCCUAGCAUACGAAGAAACGCACCGCUUGCUAAAGUAUCACACGCACAGCCUGUUUAAACCGAGCAGCUACUAUUAUGAACCGCUUCCAUUGCCUCCCGAAGAAGUAGACCCCUUACCCGACAAGCUGAAAGACGAUAUGAAAGCCGAUACGCCUUCGUCCGAUCAAUCGCCGGCACCGAGUACGGGCUCGAAGAAGAGCAAAACGACUCGCAAAAGGAAACCGAAAGCCACGGCAGCAGCACAAGUACAACAAAGCCAACCGCAACAACCGAUCAUGCCAGCGAUUGUACCGCAAACCGCUGCAGGACCACAGCAAUUACAGCAAAUGCAACAACAGCAGCAGCAGCAACAGCAGCAACAACAGCAACAGAUGCAACAGCAGCAAUCGCUACAACAGCAGCAGCACUUGCAGCAACAGCAGCAGCAACAGUUGCACCUGCAGCAGCAACAGGCACAACAGCAGCAGCAUCUGCAGCAACAGCAACAGCAGCAGCUUCAGCAACUGCAACAACAACAGCAACAGCAGCUUCAGCAGCAACAGCAGCAAAAUCAAAUGAUGAUGCAACAGCAACAGCAAAGCAACAUUCCGCAGCAACAGCAAUCAGCGCUGCAACAGCAGCAGCUUGGAUCGCAACAACCACAGCAACAGCAGGUUGCUAUGACACCUCAGCAAACGCUACAGCAGAUGCAAAACAGCAACAUGGGAUCGAUGCAAAUGGGCGGUCCGAUGAACACCAUGAAUCAACAGCAUAUGCAACAACAGUACGGUCAAGCCAAUCCAGCCCAGCUGGUCGCACAAGGCAACAUCGGAGGUAUGCAGACGGGAAUGGGUGGACUUGGAGCUGGAAUGGGUGGUAGUAUGAUGAAUCAGCAGCAACAGCAGCAGCAGGGCCCGCAGCAACAGCAGCCUCAACAAGCUCAACAAGCGCAGCAAGCACAACAAGCUCAACAGCAACAGCAACAACAGCAAUCUCAAGGCAAUCCAAAUAUGGGCUUCGUUGGCAAUGUAAACCCCAUGGCACAGUUGGCACAACAGCAAGGAGGCAACCAGCAGUGGGGUGGUUAUGGGUCCAUGCAGCAACAGCAUCAACAGCAACAGCAACAACAACAGCAGCAACAACAGCAGCAACAGGGACCACAGGCACAAGCACAACAGCAACAACAAACUCCACAGCAAGCUCAGCAGGCAUCACAGCAGCAAGGACCUCAGCAAGGACCCCAGCAAGGAUCUCAGCAAGGGCCGCAGACACAGCAGCAGCUGCAACAGCAACAACAACAGCAACAAAUGUUCUAUUCCGGAAUGGGUCAAGCAACGAUGACACGCUUCGAUCGGCCUCAGUUGAACACAAACUCAAAGCAGGCUCUCUCGAACAUGUUGCGCUCAAAGUUGCCAAUCAAUGCUGGUCAUCCGGCCGGUUUUAUGCAACCGCAGCAACAGCAGCAGCAGCAACAGCAACAACAGCAGCAACAGCAGCAGCAACAACAGCAACCACAGCGCAAUCCCCAGCAACAGUUUAUGCGUGGUCCGUUGCGGACCGGUAUGCCGGGCAAUCCGAUUGUCGGCGCACAGGCCGGCAUGGGUCCGAUGAAUCCGGCCAUGGCUGGUGGCAAUGCAGGCAUUGGAGCGACGGGAGGUGGUGCGGUGAUGGGUGCUCAGGCUAUGGCUGCUGGUGGCAUGAUGGGAGCAGGGCAAGGAGCUCAGAGCCAGCAAACUGCUGGAGGAAUAAUGAAUCAAAAUACUCCGGCCAUGAUGGGCACUACCGGGGGCUCGAUUAUGGGUCAAUCCGGUGGCAGUAUGAUACAGACGAGCAUGAUGAAUCCUCAGCAAAAUCCAGCGUUAGUUGGACAGGGAAUGGGCAGUGGUGGAGGAAUCGGUGGAGCUGGCGGUAUGGCAGGAAAUAGUGGUAUGGGAGGAAGCGCCGCUGGAAUGGGAGCAAGUGGCGGCGGAAUGGUAACAUCUGGCGGAAUGGUUAGUGCCGGAAUGGGCAGCGCAGGAAUCGGCAAUGCAGCUCCAAUGGGUGGUGGACAGAGCGGUAUGGGCGGUACCAGCGGAAUGCCGAAUGCAGGUGGAAUGGGUAAUCCGUCCAUGGGCAACCCUGGCAUGGGCAUGCAAAAUAUGCAGCAAUCGGGCAACAUGCAGGGUGGCAUGUUCCAAGGACAGAACGUGCCGUACCAAAACGUCAAUCAGAACUAUCCCAACUACGGGAACCAGGGCCUGGGCCAGCAGGGUGGACAGGGAAGCGGUAUGAUGGGUAACUUUAAUCAGAUGGCCCAGCAACAGCGCACUACUCAGGCAGAGUUUCUGGCACAACAGCGUGCGGCAAUGGUGGCCGGCCGGGGUCAGUAUGGGCAACAUGCACCGAAUGUGACGAUGGGUAAUAUGGGUGUAAACCAGGGUGCGGUUCCACCGUAUCCUCGCCAAGGUGGUAAACCGGGAGUUGGUAAUAUGCCUCAGAAUCAGCAACAGUUCCAGCAGCAACGGAUGCGCUUAAUAAUGCAGCAACAUUCAGGCAUGGGUCAAGGCAGUAACGCGCAAGGUAUGAUGCAAAACCAAGGGCAAGGCAUGAGUACGCAACAAACGCCAAAUCUGGUGGCUCAGCUGCAGCGCCAGAUGCCCAACCAGAACAACAUGAUGGGCCAGCAAUACCCUCAUCAACCUCCGCAGUAUUAAGCAAGAUCGAGGAGCCCCCCGGCGCACUCACAUGCACGAGAAGAAAUGGUCUGGGGAGACAGACACAGGACAUCUUCGUACUAGUACAUAUAUUUAUUACCACUGUGACUUUGAGGAGACGCAUAUAUUUCUUAGGAAUGAAAUAGAAGCAUCGCAAUAAACGGAGUAUAAGUAAUACAAUGA